CAAGCCAAAAUAUAAUUCACAUUGUAUAUUAGAAAGGCCUUGCAGACGGUUUAGAAAAGGUCCCAGUCUCAGUGCGGAGCCUGAAUUAGCCCUGGUUUUGUUCUGAUCAUGGAUAUAUUCGCUUAUCGGCGUGCUCUGCGUGCUCAGCCGAGCCCUCGAGGCUUCCUUCACCUCGAUUGGCCGAGCUGGUCACAUGGGUGCCCAACUUUAUUCAGUUGACAGCAAGUAGGAGGGCUUUAUGGAGGGAGGAAAAAAAGACAACUCGAGAAAAAUUAGUAUUUUCUACCUUCAGAAAUUAAUGGCCAUGAGUUCGUACAUGGUAAACUCCAAGUAUGUGGAUCCAAAAUUUCCUCCCUGCGAGGAAUAUUCGCAAAACAGUUAUAUACCUGAGCAGGGCUCGGGCUAUUACAGUCCAUCGCAGGACACUGAUUUCCAGCAUCCAGGGAUCUACUCACGGUCAAACUACUCGGAGCAACCCUACAGUUGUAACACUGUGCAGGGCUCAACGGUACAGCCGCGGGGUCAUGUGCAGGACCAAGCCAGCAACCCCAACUCUUUUCCCGCACAGACCGAACAGUGUUCCCCGGUCCAAAUAUCCGGCCCGAGGACUUGUGGCCAACAGCAAAACACAAAGAACCAGAACGGGAUACAAAGCACGCAGCCUGCAAUAGUUUAUCCCUGGAUGAAGAAAGUCCACGUUACUACGGUGAACCCAGAUUACACAGGAGCGGAGCCCAAGCGCUCCCGGACAGCCUACACCAGGCAGCAGGUUUUAGAACUGGAAAAGGAAUUUCAUUUUAACAGGUAUCUGACCAGACGGCGCCGGAUCGAAAUCGCGCACACCCUGUGUCUCUCUGAGCGACAGAUCAAAAUCUGGUUUCAGAACCGGAGAAUGAAAUGGAAAAAAGACCACAAACUGCCCAACACGAAGGGGAGGUCGACGUCGGCAGCAAACCAGCACGCAAAACACGUUCAGAAGGACAACCAGACAGAUAUCACAACUUUAUAAGCGAAGUGGAGCGUUCAACUCGCUCCUGAAGUCCAGACGAACUGUGUAUAAUAGACAAUGCUUCAUUUGCCUUUGCAUGGUCUUAAAAGAUGUCUUUUUUGACACCAGUGAUAUUUAAUGUGAACCAGAAGCACACAUCAUUACCAAACAGUGUGAGUGGACUGGAUGAGAGGACUGAAAGCUGAAAUAUCUCCAUUUCCACCGUUGUAAGUAUGAAAAAGAAUAGGAGGGCAUCACAACAUGCUUCCCAUGCUGCCAUGAGGUAUAGUAGAUAAUAAAGCUUGCCAAAUCUAUAUAAAAGCACGGAGUUGUUCCUAAAGCUAUUCUUCUUUAUUAGAUUUUCUCUUUCAUUCAUUCUUAUCCCUGCAAAUGCAUUGCAGCAGGUUUACGACUAAGACCUGUGAAUUUGUUAAAUUAUUUCUCUAAGGAAGAGCAGGUUUACGACUACGGCCUGUGAAUUUAUGCAUUUGUUUUAUUACUUUCGUACUCUAAGCUUCCGUUAAAGCUCACGGAAUUACAAAUGUCUGACCUAUUUCUUACUUUCGCUUCACUAAUUCUUAAAUUUUGUAUUAAUCAGGAAUACGGUUCACAAAAAAAUCCAUAUUUACAUAAGAAUUCGAAAAAUCAUUCAGAAAUUGGAAUUUAGAAAUUGCCCACAACGUCACAAAAUUCAAAACGUUGCAAAAUGUGAACCGUUAAUUUUUUUUUUACAAAUAC